CAUACCAGAAAAGAAGGAAAGUUAAUGCAACAACGCAAGUGCGUUUCCCUUGCGUUAUUGUUUAAGGAAUUUUCAAUGAGAGACAGCUGUUUAUGCAUCACUAUUUAGCUAAUAAUGUAUGGCAUGUAUAAGUGUAGCUUCGAUGCAUGUAGAGUUUUUCAGUGGGUAUAUUUAUGUUGCCAUUUUUUUUGUCUUGUUUGUUUGUGCAUGCUUGAGAAAUACCAAAAUACGAAAUAAAAAAGUUGGUGUUCUCUCGAGUAGUGGGAAGUGAACGUUUAAGUGCUUUUUAUUUCUUCGAUGUAAAUGGUUUUUAAAGAUUUUGCUAAAUCUAAGAGAAAAUUAAAUUAUAACAAAAAAAACAGAACGUCUUGUGCUAUGCUAGAUAUUUGAUAAAGAAAAAGUUUCAGCGGUUGUUGAAUUGUACGCUGCCGAAAGAGUGAGCAAGAAAUUAUGAUUAAAAUAAAUUACGGUUUUGUUUUUUUUUACAAAUCGGCAAUUGACUUAUACGAAGUGUUUAUAUAUAGAUAUAUGCGCGUAUAUUGACUAAUUACGAUUGUGCGUGUAAAGUAUGACCACACCUAUCACCAUAGCCGCCGCAUUUAAUGAUACGAAUAGUAUAAGCACAACAACAGCAACUGCUUCUGUUGUUGCCAUCGCUUCAGCUACAGUCGCACUGGUGAAUGCUACACCACCCUCAAAGCCCAAUUACGUGGUACAAAUGUCACCUGCACAAAUGUCAUCUGCACCCAUAGAUCCGCUAAGUCAUGUGGGUGAUGGCAUUUUCCUACAAACAAAAACCGCACAAGGUUUAGCUGGUAUAUUUGUUUGGGCCGCUUUAUUCAUAACAUGCCAACAGAUUUAUCAACACUUGCGUUGGUAUACAAAUCCUCAAGAACAACGUUGGAUAGUGCGCAUACUAUUUAUUGUGCCCAUAUAUGCCACAUACUCGUGGAUAAGUUUAUUAUUUUUUAAUUCGGCUAAUGUUUAUGUUUACUUUUUUACGGUGCGAGAUUGUUAUGAAGCUUUUGUCAUUUACAAUUUUCUGUCUUUGUGCUACGAAUAUCUGGGAGGAGAGGGUAACAUAAUGUCUGAAAUACGUGGUAAACCUAUCAAAACCUCUUGCCUUUACGGUACUUGCUGUCUAAAGGGCAAAACGUACACAAUUGGAUUUUUACGUUUUUGUAAACAAGCCACUCUGCAAUUUUGUUUAGUUAAACCAUUAAUGGCUUUUAUUAUAAUAUUUUUGCAAGUAUUUGAUCUAUACCGCGAUGGCAAUUGGAGGACCGAUGAUGGUUACAUUUAUAUAACCGUUAUUUAUAAUAUAUCCGUUUCAUUGGCUUUAUAUGGUUUAUAUUUGUUUUAUUUUGCCACACGUGAUUUAUUGACACCUUUUGAGCCCGUAUUAAAAUUUUGUACCAUUAAAUCAGUUAUAUUCUUGUCGUUCUGGCAAGGUGUUGGUUUAGCUAUUUUGGAAAAGGCUAAAGUUAUUUCUCCAAUUGUUGAUAAUGCUGGCACUGUUACUCCGGCCGGUACUGUAUCGGCUGGCUAUCAGAAUUUCUUUAUAUGCAUUGAAAUGUUGUUUGCAGCAAUUGCUUUACGUUACGCUUUUCCAUACCAAGUUUAUGCUCGCACUUGUAUUGGCGAUGGUCAUGGCCGUUCCGUAACUAUGCAGUCAAUUUCAAGCAGUUUAAAAGAAACCAUGAACCCCAAGGAUAUAAUGACAGAUGCUAUACAUAAUUUCCAUCCGCAAUACCAACAAUAUACACAAUACAGUUCCGGUGGUAAAAAUUCACGUGGAAUACGUGUCUCUUCGUAUGAUCCGGACGAUCCAAAUUACAAUAGUCAAAGCAGUGGUGGUGCUAAUGUCAGCUUAACUAACAGCUAUAAUUCAUCGGCAUUGGCCUGUAUGGCAUCAAAGACAUUGGGUAAUCAACGGAAAUUUAUGCCGGGCGGCCAACGUGUAGCAACGAUAAGUCAAAAUUAUAAUGAAAAAACUAUGCUUUUAAGUAGCGAUGAUGAAUACCAAUAA